CGCUAUCGGCCGCUGCUGCUGCGCGUGCUCCCGUGUCUCGUUCUCGUCUCGGGAGGUUAUUUGGGAAAGUUCACCCGGCUCGCGCUCAUGGAGACCAGACAACAAGAGUUGUACUCUGGCGUUCUGAGUGAAGCAGUGGUGGACUGGGGCAGCAUGGGUCCCGGAGAGCAAUGGGUUAACUCGGCCAAACACGAGGGAGAGCAGGUUAAAAGACGCUCAUAUGGUGACGACUUGGCUCCGGUGGCCCCAAAUGGGGAAAACCAGACUGAGUGGAGUCAAACUUCACCAUCAGGGGACGAUCGGUGGGGUCCGACAUCAAUGUCCCAAUCUGACAACUGGUUCAUGUCCAGCACAUGGGAUAUGCAACUGGACAGCACAGAGAGAGGACACCUCGCAGGUUUUUUGGACUCUGAGCCAUUGAGAGAGGCUGAUGAAGAUAUGGCGUCAGAAGUCGACUUUAACUCCACCUUGACGGAGGAGGAGAGAGAGGAGAUUCAGCAAGAGUUGGCUAAACUGGAGGAGGAGAUCAGUACGCUGAAGCAGGUUUUGAUGUCCAAAGAGAAGCAGCACGCCGACCUCAAACAGAAACUGGGCAUGACUUCGCUGAACGAGCUCAAAAACAACCUAAGUAGAGGCUGGCACGACAUGCAGACCUCCACAGCCUAUAAGAAGACAUCAGAGACUCUGUCCACAGCAGGACAGAAAACCACAGCCGCCUUCAGCACACUGGGCAGCGCCAUCACCAGGAAGUUUGGGGACAUGAGGUCCAACUCUAUAGGCUACUCUAUCAGACACUCUAUGAGCAUGCCCACCAUGAGAAAUUCUCCCAGCUUCAAGUCUUUUGAGGAAAAGGUCGAGACUACAGUGUCCACUAUCAAGACAAAGGUUGGCGGUACAGAAACAGGGGGCAGCUUCGAGGAAGUCCUCUCCUCCGCCGCAAACGCCAGCUCUCAGGACACGCCCACCAACAACCUGAUGGACAGCUCCGAGAGGCCGUGUUAGAGCU